CGGCAGCCAUGGGCGGCGCAGUGGCGUCCGCUGGAACACCCGAGAGAGAGAAACAUUCACAAUGGCAGCCGCCAAGGAGGUGCAAGAGGCUGCUGCUACGGAUGCUGGGGAAGGGGCCACGGUGACUCUGGUGGCCGGGGACACGCAGCUGGUGGCGCACAGGGCCGUCCUGGCAGGCAGGAGCCCCGUGUUCGCCGCCAUGCUCUGCCAGGACACGCCGGAGGCCAGCAGCAGUGUGGUCACAGUCCCCGACGUCGAGGGCCCGGUGCUGCACCAGCUGCUGGCCUACAUGAACUCCCUCCAUGCUCCCGAGAUGCCCCACAUGGCCCCACAGCUGCUGGCAGCUGCAGACAGGUACCGCGUGUGGGGGCUGAAGGUCCAGUGUGAGGAGCAGCUGGCCAGUCAGCUGUCAGCAGAGAACGCGGCGCGCACGGCAGUGCUGGCAGUGAGGUACUCCUGUCCCAGCCUCGCAGAGGUCGCUGUCGCCUUCAUAAAAGCCAACUCGCUGGUGUUUGCCACAGCGGGUUGGGCCGAUGCGGUCCUCAACCACCCUGAUGAGGUGGUCAAAGUGAGUCAGUUGCUCGGUGGGCCACUAACAGAAACCAGGAGCCUUCCUGGAAAGAAGAGUAGCAGAGGACUGAUCCAGGCAGCUAAGGAGGGGGCGGUGGAGGAGCUCAGGGUGCUUCUCGCCACAGGGGCGAAAGUGGGGGCGAGGGACGAGGACAUGCGGACUGCUCUGCACUGGGCAGCUGAGAGGGGACACCUGGCAGCAGUAACAUGUCUGGUGGAAGGUGGAGCAGAGGUGGAUGUGAGGGACAGCAGGCAGAACACGCCACUGCACUGGGCUGCAUACCGUGGUCAUGUGGCUGUGACGCGGCUACUGCUGGACUCCUCUGCUGACCCCGACGCCAGGGAUAAGUAUGGGUGGACGCCGCUGCACUGUGCAGCGAGAUGCGGCCACACAAAGGUGGCGGCCGUGCUGCUCGAUGCAGGGGCUGACAUUCAGGCCAGAGACGCACACGGGCACGAACCAUGGGUCAUCGCCAGGCAGAACGGCAAGCAGCAGCUCGUGGAGAUGCUAUCGUGA